AAAUGCAUUUUCUGUUCCAAAAGUCUGGACUGCUGCAGGAACAAUAGAGGGGACUCCCGAGAAUAAAUUGUCUGUUUCUAAUGGCUCCACCAUGAUUGGUGGCCUCUGUUUGCGGGGGAUGAUCUGAGGACGACAUUGUUACAAUCAAAGCUAUUGCCCUGUCGGACAACUCGUCUCGGCUUGUUGCGUACAAGACAGGAAGUGAUACCAAAGGCCAACGUGCCAUCCUCCCGAAAAUGGCUUUUAGAUAUAAAACCCUCAUCUGGUACCUACUUCCGGUGCAACACCGGUUCGUCAUCGGAUUCCUGCAACCUUCUCUCCAUUGGUCUUGCCUCAAAACUCGACAAAAGUCAGUAUGCGCCUUGUUUCGGUCCUCUCCGGCGUUCUGGUGAUCGCCGGCGUCUCUGGCCAUCCCGGCCACAACAUUGCUGAAGAAGUAGCUGUCCGCCGUGAUUUCCUCUCCCGCAAUAGGAACGAUCUAAGCCACUGUACCAAUCGCAUGAGAUCUCGCGGACUCGAGCAGCGUUCUAUCGAGCGCCGAGCUACCCUGGCCACCAAGCUCUUCAAAAGGGAUGGCCUUCAAGUCCGACAGAUCUCAUCCCUCAAGAAACCACACAAGUCAACCAAGAACUAUACCAUAGACACCGAUGCGGCGGUUGUAUUCUCGGGCAACAAGUCGUGCGUUCUCAACCCCGAGGCUACUGAGGGUCCCUACUAUGUCGCUGGCGAGUCUGUUCGCCAGGACGUCGUCGAGGAUCAAGUCGGCGUUCCUCUAACGAUAGAUGUACAAGUCGUCGAUGUGGAGACAUGCGAGCCGGUGACGGCCAAGCUGCUCGAGAUCUGGCGUAAGCAAAACCCACUAUUAUUGCAACUCGACCGGUAUUAUGGCGGAGUCACCGCCAGCGGCAAUGGUGUCUGGGCCGCAGACCCAAGCAAUCUCGACAGCACAUUUCUCCGCGGCUUCCAGAAAACAGACGAGGACGGCGCGGUCCAGUUCCAGACCAUCUUCCCGGGGCACUACAUUGGCAGAACCAUACACAUCCACGUCAUGGUCCAUCCAAGCGCGACGGCCCACGAGAACGGCAGCGUCAUUGACACGUCGGCCUCCCACGUGGGGCAGAUGUACUUCGACCAGGACCUGAUUACCGAGAUCGAGAAGCUGGCGCCGUACAAUACCAACCGACAGGCCCUGACUACGAAUGCACAAGACUUCAUCCUGGCCGGGGAAGCUGCGACAGCCGAUCCGCUGAUGGAAUACACACUGCUGGGUGAUCGACUGGAAGACGGACUGCUGGCGUGGCUCAGCAUCGGCGUCAACACGUCGUACACGCGUACCGUGUCCGCCGCGGCGACGGUAUACAAGGAAGGCGGCAAGGCGAACAGCAACGGCCUGGGCGGCGGCGGGUUCCCCGGUGGUGGUGGCGGGGGACUCGGCGGCGGGUUUGGCGGUGGGUUUGGCGGCACUCCGUAG